AUGUUCGGCGUUGCUUCUUCCUUAAGUUUACAAUAUCUUACAUCAACAGUAGGUCAGGAUGCUGGAACAAUGAUCUGUAAUGCUUAUGCACAAAAUAAACCUGCAGCAGUUGCUUUUUUCUUCAAGUUAAAUGGUAUAUUCGCUGCUGGAGUAGGAGGCCAAAAAUUUCCAGCUUCAGUUGCUUAUAUUACAACAAAUGAAAAAGCAUUAUUGUCUGGUACAGAACCAUGUCCCACUUUCAUCGUUGGUUUAGCAACAGCAUUUCAAAGUGAUUUACAAAACAACGGACUGACAGUUGCAGAUGCUAAAGCAGCACUCACACAAUUUAUUCAAACGAACUUCCAACUACUUUCAGGUGCUAGUGGUAGUGGCUAA